GCCACAUUAAUAGCCACCAUGGCCAGCCUGUCUUCCUUCCUCUCCUCUGCAAGCUCCUUCACCACCCACUCCAUUUCUGCCAACAGAUCACAAUAUCCCUUCAAUUUCCCCAAAACCAUCUCAUGCAAAUCUAAUGAAAAAGAUGACAACAACAUUCAACAAAGCAAAUCCAUUGGCGGCCGGCGCGAUCUUCUCAUAAGCCUCGGCGGCCUCUACGGCGCAGCAACAAGCCUUGCCGCCGAUCACCGCCUGGCGAUUGCCUCUCCCAUUCAAGCCCCCGAUCUCUCUAAGUGCGGCCCUGCCGAAAUCCCUGCCGGUGGAACUCCGACCAACUGCUGUCCGCCCUUCAAUUCCUCUAUUAUUGACUUUGUCCCGCCACCCCGCAACGGGCCGCUUCGUGUUCGCCCGGCCGCCCAGCUUGUCGACGGCGAGUAUUUGAAAAAGUAUCAAAAGGCUGUGGAGCUUAUGCGAGCUCUCCCGGCGGAUGAUCCCCGCAACUUCACGCAGCAAGCCAAUGUUCACUGUGCUUAUUGCGAUGGCGCUUACGACCAAAUUGGCUUUCCCAAACUUGACAUUCAGGUGCACAACUCGUGGAUUUUCUUCCCCUGGCACCGCUACUACCUCUACUUCCACGAGCGCAUCCUCGGCAAGCUCAUCGGCGACGAUAACUUCGCCAUCCCCUUCUGGAACUGGGACUCCCCGGACGGAAUGGUGAUGCCAGCUUUCUACACCAACAAGUCCUCUUCCCUCUACAACAACAACCGCGACCCCAGCCAUCAACCGCCCGUCACCAUCGACCUUGACGGCAACGCGCAUCCCGGCUUCACCAAAGACGAGCUAAUCGACGAUAACCUCAAGCUCAUGUACCGACAAAUGAUAUCCAAUGGCAAGAACGCGAAGCUCUUCAUGGGCUCGCCGUACCGGGCCGGGGACCAACCCAGCCCCGGCAGUGGAUCCAUUGAGCAAACCCCACACGGGCCGGUACAUGUCUGGACCGGGAAUCCGGCCAAUCCUAACGAUGAAGAUAUGGGUACCUUGUACUCCGCCGCGCGGGAUCCUAUCUUCUUCGCACAUCAUGGCAAUAUUGACCGCCUCUGGUCAGUCUGGAAGACGCUCGGCGGCAAGCGGAGAGACUUUAAGGACCUUGACUGGCUCGACGCCUCUUUCCUCUUCUAUGACGAGAACGCGCAGCUUGUGAGGGUGAAGAUCAGGGACUGCCUUGAAACGGAGACCUUGGGAUACAAAUACCAGGAGGUGGAGAAUCCUUGGUUAAAUAGUCGCCCGACUCCUAAGGCGGCUAAGGCGACGACGAAUAAGUUGUUGAAGAAAAAGUCACCGCAGGCCGUGAUCGGGGUUCCUGCGUUCCCCAUUACGCUUGAUAAGCCGGUGAGUGUGACGGUGAAAAGGCCGAAGAGAGGGAGGAGCAAGAAGGAGAAGGAUGAUGAAGAGGAGGUGCUUUUGGUGGAAGACAUAGUGGUAAGCCGACAUGAGUUCGUGAAAUUCGAUGUGUACAUAAACUCGCCGGAGGAGGAUAAGCUGAGGCCUUCGGCAAGUGAAUUCGCAGGAUCUUUCGUGAACUUGUCGCACAAGCAUGGGCAUGCUAAGAAGGUGAAGGAUAUCAAGACUAAUUUGAGGCUUGGAAUAACGGAUUUGCUUGAGGAUCUUAGGGCUGAGGAUGAUGACAGCGUGGUGGUUACGUUGGUGCCGAGGAGUGCGAAUGGGAACAAGGUGAAGGUUGGCGGCCUUCGUAUUGAGUUCUCUUCUUGAGAGCUUAGCUGAUACGUACAUGCAUUCGUAAUUUGUUUUGCAGUUGUUAAUAAGCGUUGUUUGUUUAUUAUAUUUAUGUGAUUAAUAAUGCCGCCGGUUGCCCGGCCGCCAGGACCAUGCUUUGGUUUUGUAAUGCCAUAAUCGCUGUUGGUGUAUCUUCUUUAUAUUAUGGAAUGUCAUUAAUAUUUUUUUAUUAA